AUGAUUCAGUUGAGAGGAGACAACGAAGAGCACGAGAAGGUCAAGGAAAAGAAGGAGGACGAGUUGGCGGAACGUCGACGGCUGCUGAUGGAGAAGAGCGCCGUGAAGCGUCGAACACGUCAAACGCACAUCGAGCGCAGAGAUGCAACGGAAGCGGAGAGACUGCAGCGUGCCAAAGAGGCCUUCGACCUGAAGCUUCGUCGAGCCGAACGCGACGAGAGACUAGCCAAGGAAUUGGCGCGUCGCAAAAAUCAGGAACAUCAGGAAUCUUUUCAGAGAAGGAAAGCAAGGCACUCUUUCUCAAUCGUUCCAGACAGUGUUGUGCGAGACUUGGAAGCAAAAUUGACCAAAGAGAAGCAGCAAGAUGGAUUGUGUUCGGAAUCUAAGUGGCCUUUCAGCGAUGAGGACCCUGAGCGGCUGCAAGAGAAGAAGCUAAGUUACAGAAGGGAGUUGCAGAACCAGCUGAUAAACAAUCGUCGCAGGCAGCGCGAGAAGGAAGAAGAGAAGCACAGGGAACGUAAGAUACUGGAAGAAGUCGGCGAAACAUUGCGGGAAGAGGAGCUGGAAGCGGAGAAGCUUAAGAGAGACAAGGCUCUCCUGCUGCAAGCUGAGAGAGACGCGUUCCUGAAGGCCAGGCAAAUUUGGAAAGACAAACGGAGGGAGGUUCUGAAGCGGGAGCACGACGAGAUCGCACGGAUUAUUAAUCAGAAAGAGACUCGGCAGAAGGAAGAGGUCCAGCAGAAGACUGACAUUCAGUCUGGCAAGGACGCGAUGGCGGAGGAAGUGGGGAAGCAGAUUCAAGAAGCGGAAUCGAGGAAGAUGGAGCGCGAGAGGAUCUGCCGUGAGCUGUACUUGGCGGAGAAGGAGAACGAGUUGGCCAACGAGGUGAUGAGACUAGCGUUAAAAAAGAAACGCACUGCGAGGGACCUUCUGGAAGAUAUGGCAAGGCACCAGAAAGCAGCUGCAGAGAGGAAAGCUAAAGACGACGCCAUCGACGCAGCGUUUGCUAGGUAUCUAGCCGAGGAACACAGGAAGAUGGAAGCAGAAGCAACGGAGAAGGAACAGAGACGUCGUGAAGCAGUGACACGUUAUGGGGACAAGUUGAGAGAGGCGUUAACGAAGGACAGGGUGCGGUUUAUAGAGGAAACCGCUAGGCAAGAUGGAGAGGGAAGACACGACAGCGAAGUUUGUAGCAAGGAGAAGGCGGAAAGUUGCUCGGAAACAGCUCCGAAGAGCUUGGAGUCUCGACGAUCGAAGAACGCGGCAUAGACGAGCGUGUUCAGCUGCGGAUCAGAUUUGAAUGGGCUGUUCCUACGUCUAUUUAUUGGUAUACAGUUAUGUACAAUGGUGGGCGAACGGUGUCGCCGUGUCGCGGCUUCCGUGGCUCUCGUUAUUUGUACAAAGUCCGUGUAAAAAUACAGCAGCCCCAUCUUAUAUAGGAUAUAAGUACGCAAUAAAUAAACUGCGGACGUUUAUGCGGACCCACUGUGCCAUCCGUGGCCACGAGAACAGCGAGUAGAAAUGUUUAUUCGAGUCGGAACGGUGUAUAAAAUAUCCGUAGUCCAGCGAUGACGGUAAUAGCAAUACUAUUCGGUCUCUGAUCAGCUAUAGGCUCAGAGUAAAACCAAGGAGCACCGGAGUCUGCGAUUUCCUUGAACUACGUUAGUUAUCGCUGGACUACGGAUCUUUAUGACUGUAUGUUAUAUAAUAAUAUUCGAGAUUCAGAGUAUCGAAAGCAUCUAAUUUGCUCUAGAGUCGCUCAUCCGCUCGCCGUUGAAGAUUCGCAUAAAUGUCCGCGGUCUAGUUAGUCACUGAGAUCGCGGAAAAUAAUUGCUUUAUCCCCUCGAAUCUCCUACGCCGUGUUUACGAUAAAAUGGAUAUGCUUGGACAAUCGGAAUUAUUCUCUACCCACUAACGCUGGGAUCUGUCAACAGUCUCCGAGCCUGUCGCUGUCUAGCGGACGACAAAGGGGAUAGGGCGACGUGGCCACUGGCUCAGAACCGGCCAACUUCUCGGAAUGUAACACAGAUCGGUCUUAAAAGUAAAAUCACAUUUCCUUACGCAACCCAUUCGCUUAUGUUCGUCUUGAUCUUGGAUCGCUCCCCGAGAGCAACCAUUAACUACCGAGCCGGAGUCCCGAAGACUCCAGGAUCUUACGAAAUAAACAUUGUA